AUGGACAAUAUAGGACAAAAGAUGUGUCUUCGAGAAUGUACACGUUACAAGGGUUGCAGUGGUAUCAAUUAUAGAGCAGAUAACCUGACUUGCCAACUAUUGUCUGUGUCCUUACCAGGAGACCAACUUAAAGACAGUGAAGGGUUUUCCUUCUCUAAUCUAGACAAUUUUACACCGGAUGGGGAUAGUUGUCUUCCUCCGAAUCCAUGUAAUGAUCACGAAAAGUGUGUUCCGUCGAUAAUGAAUGGACACGUUUGCCUGUCCUAUCGGGCACCAUGCGAUGCACAGCCUUGUAAAAACGGAGGCAUAUGUCGUAACGAGGUGGACAGCUAUUCAUGUACGUGUCCGGUUGAAUGGAUUGGUCCUCAAUGUGAAAGAGUAUCAUGCGAUGCGCAACCUUGUAAAAACGGAGGCAAAUGUAGUUACCAGGGAAAUAGCUAUUCAUGCACGUGUCCGGUUGGAUGGACUGGUCCUCAUUGUGAAACGGCACCAUGCGAUGCACAGCCUUGUAAAAACGGAGGCAUAUGUCGUAACGAGGUGGACAGCUAUUCAUGUACGUGUCCGGUUGAAUGGAUUGGUCCUCAAUGUGAAAGAGUAUCAUGCGAUGCGCAACCUUGUAAAAACGGAGGCAAAUGUAAAUACCAGGGAAAUAGCUAUUCAUGUACGUGUCCGGUUGAAUGGACUGGUCCUCAUUGUGAAAGAGUAUCAUGCGAUGCGCAACCUUGUAAAAACGGAGGCAAUUGUAGUUACCAGGGGAACAGCUAUUUAUGUACUUGUGUGGAUGGAUGGACUGGUCAACACUGUGAAAGUAUGUUUUAUUAG